AUGGCGUCUUCUGUGGGCAACGUGGCCGACAGCACAGAACCAACGAAACGUAUGCUUUCCUUCCAAGGGUUAGCUGAGUUGGUACAUCGAGAGUAUCAGGCAGGAGAUUUUGAGGCAGCUGAGAGACACUGCAUGCAGCUGUGGAGACAAGAGCCAGACAAUACUGGAGUACUUUUAUUACUUUCAUCUCUACACUUCCAGUGUCGAAGGCUGGACAGAUCUGCCCACUUUAGUACUCUGGCAAUUAAACAGAACCCUCUUCUGGCAGAAGCCUAUUCGAAUUUGGGGAAUGUGUACAAGGAAAGAGGGCAGUUGCAGGAGGCAAUUGAGCAUUACCAGCAUGCAUUGCAUCUCAAACCAGAUUUCAUCGAUGGUUAUAUUAACCUGGCAGCCGCUUUGGUAGCAGCAGGCGACAUGGAAGGGGCAGUACAAGCUUACGUCUCUGCUCUUCAGUGCAAUCCUGAUUUGUACUGUGUUCACAGUGACCUGGGGAACCUGCUCAAAGCCCUGGGUCGCUUGGAAGGAGCCAAGGCAUGUUAUUUGAAAGCAAUGGAGACGCAACCGAACUUUGCAGUAGCUUGGAGUAAUCUUGGCUGUGUUUUCAAUGCACAAGGGGAGAUUUGGCUUGCCAUUCAUCACUUUGAAAAGGCUGUCACGCUUGACCCCAAUUUUCUGGAUGCUUAUAUCAAUUUAGGAAAUGUCUUGAAAGAGGCACGGAUUUUUGACAGAGCUGUGGCAGCUUACCUUUGUGCCCUAAGCUUGAGCCCAAAUCAUGCAGUGGUACAUGCCAACCUGGCUUGUGUAUACUAUGAGCAAGGCCUGAUGGAUCUGGCAGUAGACACCUACAGGCGAGCUAUUGAAUUGCAACCACAUUUCCCUGAUGCUUACUGCAACCUAGCCAACGCCCUGGAAGAGAAGGGCAGUGUUGCCGAAGCAGAAGAGUGUUAUAAUACAGCUCUGCGGCUGUGUCCCACCCAUGCAGACUCUCUGAAUAACCUAGCCAAUAUCAAAGGAGACCAGGGAAACUUUGAAGAGGCAGUUCGCUUGUAUUGUAAAGCAUUAGAAGUCUUCCCAGAGUUUGCUGUUGCCCAUUCAAAUUUAGCAAGUGUAUUGCAGCAGCAGGGAAAACUGCAGGAAGCUCUGAUGCAUUAUAAGGAGGCUGUUCGAAUCAGUCCUACCUUUGCUGAUGCCUACUGUAACAUGGGAGACACUCUAAAGGAGAUGCAGGAUGUUCAGGGAGCCUUGCAGUGUUAUACUCGUGCCAUUCAGAUUAACCCUGCACUUGCGGAUGCCCACAGCAAUCUGGCUUCCAUUCACAAGUAUUCAGGGAAUAUUCCAGAAGCAAUUGCUUCUUAUCGCACUGUUCUGAAGCUUGAACCUGAUUUUCCUGACGCUUAUUGUGAUUUGGCUCAUUGCCUGCAGAUUGUCUGUGAUUGGACAGACUAUGAUGAGCGAAUGAAGAAGUUGGUCAGCAUUGUGGCUGACCAGCUGGAGAAGAAUAGGUUGCCUUCUGUGCAGCCUCAUCAUAGUAUGCUCUAUCCUCUUUCUCAUGGCUUCAGGAAGGCUAUUGCUGAGAGCCAUGGGAACCUCUGCUUGGAUGAGAUCAGUGUCCUUCAUAAACCACCGUACGAACAUCCAAAAGACUUGAAGCUCAGUAAUGGUCGACUGCGUGUAGGAUACGUGAGUUCUGACUUCGGGAAUCAUCCUACUUCUCAUCUUAUGCAGUCUAUUCCAGGCAUGCACAAUCCUGAUAAAUUUGAGGUAUUCUGUUAUGCCCUGAGCCCAGAUGAUGGCACAAACUUCCGAGCGAAGGUGAUGGCAGAAGCCCAUCAUUUCAUUGAUCUUUCUCAGAUUCCAUGCAAUGGGAAAGCAGCUGAUCGCAUCCAUCAAGACGGUAUACACAUCCUUGUAAAUAUGAAUGGUUAUACCAGGGGUGCUCGAAAUGAACUCUUUGCUCUCAGGCCAGCUCCUAUUCAGGCAAUGUGGCUGGGCUACCCUGGGACCAGUGGCGUGCUUUUCAUGGAUUAUAUCAUCACUGAUCAGGAAACUUCACCUGCUGAAGUUGCUGAGCAGUAUUCUGAGAAACUGGCUUAUAUGCCCCAUACUUUCUUUAUUGGUGAUCAUGCUAAUAUGUUCCCUCACCUGAAGAAGAAGGCAGUCAUCGAUUUUAAGUCCAAUGGGCACAUUUAUGACAAUCGGGUUGUGCUGAAUGGCAUCGACCUCAAAGCAUUUCUUGAUAGUCUCCCAGAUGUGCAGAUUGUCAAGAUGAAAUGUCCUGAUGGAGGAGACAACGCAGACAGCAGUAAUACGGCUCUUAAUAUGCCUGUCAUUCCUAUGAAUACUAUUGCAGAGGCAGUUAUUGAAAUGAUUAACAGAGGACAAAUUCAGAUAACAAUUAAUGGAUUCAGUCUUAGCAAUGGACUGGCAACUACCCAGAUCAACAUUAAGGCUGCCACUGGAGAGGAGGUUCCCCGUACCAUUAUUGUAACCACACGUUCUCAGUACGGGUUACCGGAAGAUGCCAUUGUGUACUGUAACUUCAAUCAGUUAUAUAAAAUUGACCCAUCUACUUUGCAGAUGUGGGCAAAUAUUCUGAAGCGUGUUCCCAAUAGUGUGCUGUGGCUGUUGCGUUUUCCAGCAGUAGGAGAACCUAAUAUUCAACAGUAUGCACAAAAUAUGGGCCUUCCCCAGAAGCGUAUCAUUUUUUCACCUGUUGCUCCUAAAGAGGAACAUGUUCGGAGAGGCCAGCUGGCUGAUGUCUGCUUGGACACUCCACUCUGUAAUGGACACACCACAGGGAUGGAUGUCCUUUGGUCAGGGACACCCGUGGUGACUAUGCCAGGAGAGACUCUUGCUUCCCGAGUUGCAGCUUCCCAGCUCACUUGUUUAGGCUGUCUUGAGCUUAUUGCUCAAAAUAGACAAGAAUAUGAAGACAUAGCUGUGAAACUGGGAACUGAUCUAGAAUACCUGAAGAAAAUUCGUGGCAAAGUCUGGAAGCAGAGAACAUCUAGCCCUCUGUUCAACACCAAACAAUACACAAUGGACCUAGAGCGGCUCUAUCUACAGAUGUGGGAGCAUUACGCAGCUGGCAACAAACCUGAUCACAUGAUUAAGCCUGUUGAAGUCACUGAGUCGGCCUAAAUAAUGACUGUGUGCACAGGAGAAUUACCCUGUACCUGAGCCUCAACCUUCUGGGGGAAAGGGAACUACUUUUUCCUUAUCUGUACAAUACCAUGCUGCAGAUGGGUGACAGACAAUGAUAAGAAAUAGCACAGCCAGACUUGCUUCCUGCAUGAUCAUGAUCACGAUAGGGAGAGACACAAGAGAUGGGAAACUGCUGUUCCACAAGGAGUCUCCAUAGAAUUUUGCAGCAGCCAGGUGUCUGGAAGGUCUGGAAGUGAGUCCUGUUCUACCUUUUUCUUUCAGCAGAAAUGAAAUCCCAGGUAAGUAUAAGUAUUCAAAUAUUUGAUCAGUAAGUCACAGUUAUCUCCAGUACAUUAAAUAACUUUCAUCAAAAAACAUGUUAUAGGUAAAAAGCUCUGAAGGACCAGCUAUGUAUAUGAUAAUUAUGUUUCAGACCUUCUAGGGUAUUAUAUAUAAUAACUUGUCUUCUGGACGUGGUCUUGAAGUCUUUAUGGAUUCAGUCUCAGUAGUAGCGAACUGCACUGCUACUUGGUUUGGAGUACAAAUUAGAUUUUAGCCCUCCUGGAGGUUGAGUUUUUGGUAUUGAAAACCAUAGGAAUGAAAUUAUUGUAUUUCAACAAAGGAUCGAGGGCUUGAGGCUUAAACAAGGCAACAUACGUGUGGGAAGCAGUCAGCCUUGAGGGCAGGUAAGGACAUGCCAGGCAUGCGGCCGCUGCUCGAAGGGACUGUCCCUACUUGUUCCCCUCCUUGUUCCAUUCCAUGGGAGAUAAAUCACCAGAGCCCAGAGAUCAGAAAGAAUGUAAAAUGAGACAAGCAAAGCUGUCUCCCCCCUGCACAUGCAGGUUAUUUUUGAUGCUUCUGGGUUUAUGGGUUUCCUCCCAGGGAAGUUAACCUUGAGCCGAGACAGUCUGUAGAUAAUGUAAACCACCAUCUGGCAACCUUCCGAUUUCUAGUCUAUAUAAUCUGCAACUGUAGCAUAAUAAAAUUUGCCUUGCAACCAUCAGUUGUCUUGGUCCUUCUGACCCCAUCCGUCGGUGCUACUUCAGUUCCUUACCCCUUCCCUUCUGACCCUGGGCGGUGAGAUCCUCUUUCUCCGGCUGGUCCGCGGCAAGUGGCACUCGAACAGGGACCUGAAGCGUGAAGGCAAUUGAAAGAAAAAGAAAGUGCAGGUAAGAGAACCCUUAUGCAAAAUAUGUGUGGCCACCAGUAAAAGUGAAACGAAUAGAGGCAUAAGGCAAUAGUCAGAAGUAAAAUAAGAUGGGGCAAAAGGGCUCAAAGAUGUAUGAAUUAUUUGCUCAGGUUUUACUUUUGAUGCUUAGAGCUCGGGGUAAUAAAGUUUCUGAACUUUAUUGUUGACUGAAUUUUUACAGCAUAUCCAUGGUGUAUCUCCCUGGUUUCCUGAUGGCGGCUCUGUUGACAUAGAAAUCUGGCAGAAAGUUGGAGAAGAUUUAAAAAAUUAUUACGAGUCUCGAGGGCCUACUCAUACUCCUGUUGUUACAUAUAGUUUGUGGAAUCUGAUAAAAAUAUGUUUAGAUUCUUCUCAUGAUAGUGUUGAUUUGAAUGUAAAGUCAGAAAAACAUAAGCCUCUGACAGAAGGAGAGACUGUAUUAUCAGCUACUGUGUCGCCACUUCCUAAACCGAAAGAGCUAAUUAAUUUAAAUAUUUUAGAUGAAGAGGAACAUUUUGACUUAACAGAUGAGGCUUGUAAACAUAAAAGAGAGAAAUAUCCUGAGGAUGAUUUUCUAAUGGCUGUGAUAGAGAAGUCAGUGAAAAAGCUGCAGGUUAAUAAGGACUGUCUUCCUCAAAAAUCCACAUCUGUAAAAAUGCUCAGUCCCUUGCAGCGCGCUGUACAAGGAGCAAUAAAACGAGGAGAAGAUCCUAUUUUCUGUUGUCCCGUCAUAGAAAGACCUGAUCCUAAUAAUCCUCAACAAGCUACUAGGGAGCAUCAGGCUCUCCCUUUGAAAGUUUUGAAAGAUUGAAAAUCUGCCUGUGCUCAAUAUGGGCCCACUGCUCCUUUUACUACUGCUAUGGUUGACAGGAGAAGCUCUUCCCCCCGCUGAUUGGAAGUCUAUUGCACGAGCUUGUUUAAAUGGUGGAGAUUAUUUAAUAUGGAAGUUUGAUUUUUAUGAACGGGCUGCUGAACAAGCAGAAAAGAAUGCUGCCCAUAAUAUUCCAGUUGAUUAUCAUAUGCUGAUUGGGGAAGGACAAUAUCUUUCUUUACAAGAUCAAUUAACUUAUCCCUUUGUUGCUUAUCCUCAAAUAAAUCAUUUGGCAUUACAAGCCUGGAGGAAAUGACCUUCUACACACAAAACUGAAGAUCUUUCAAAACUUAGACAGGGACCUGAUGAACCAUAUGCUGAUUUUGUAGAUAGGUUGUCACAGGCGGUGGGGAGACUCAUUGUGGACGGACUCACUGGUACGAUUGUAGUUAAGCAACUUGCUUUUGAAAAUGCUAAUAAUGAGUGUCAGGCUGCGAUUCGACCUUGGAGAAAACGGGGAACAUUGGAGGAUUAUAUUCACCUUUGUGCAGACAUUGGGCCUACUUAUAUACAGGGUGCUGCUGUGGCUGCAGCAUUAACUAAAGUGGGGUUUAAAAACAAUCAAAAGAAAACAAAGACUUGUUUUAAAUGCGGAAAGGCAGGUCCUUUUGCUAGAGAAUGUAGAUCUUUUAAUUCUAACCCUAGUCCUUCCUUCCCUACUCAAAAACCUCCAGAUGGUCAGAAAAUCCCUGGUUUAUGCCCUAAAUGCAAUAGGGGAAAACAUUGGGCACAAGAUUGUUGCUCAGUGGCCCACAAGGAUGGGCCACCACUGUCGGGAAACUCUUCCCAGGGCCUUCCCCGGCCCCAACAAAUAAUAAGCGCAAUGUCUGUGUAUCCUCCUCAAAUUAUCAAUCAGACAUUAACCAAAAACAAAAACAUACAAUAUCCUCGCUCUCCAGAGCAACACCAGGAAGCGCAGGACUGGAGCUCAGUACCUCCGCCCGAUAUGUAUUAACUCCUGAAAUGGGUCCUCAGGCCCUCUCUACGGGCAUCUGUGGACCUUUACCCAAGGGUUUGAUGGGACUAUUAUUGGGAAGAAGUAGUGUCACCAUGAAAGGUUUAACUGUUAUGCCAGGAGUCAUAGAUUCUGACUACGAAGGAGAAAUAAAAGUCAUGGCACAAACUAUUAAAAAUAUAAUAACUAUUUCUCCUGGUGAUAAAAUUGCACAAUUGCUACUUUUGCCCUUUGUACCUCAUGGACAAAUUUUACAACAUCAAAAGAGAGAAACAAAGGCUUUUGGAUCGUCUGAUGCUGCCUACUGGAUUCAGAAGAUAGGGAAAGAACGUCCAGAAAUGAAAUGAACCAUUAAUGGAAAGGUUUUUUCAGGUUUGUUAGACACUGGAGCUGAUGUCUCUGUUAUGACGCAGGUACACUGGCCUAAACGUUGGCCCAUUAGUCCUACUAUUACAGAACUUCACGGAAUAGGACAAAGUUCUUCUCCUAUGCAAAGUAGUCAGUUUUUUUUAUGGCAAGAUAGUGAGGGCCAUUCAGGAUAUUUCCAGCCUUAUGUUUUGCCUGGGCUGCCUUUAAACCUCUGGGGCCGAGAUAUAUUAAAAGAAAUGGGAGUAUUACUUUAUAGUCCAAACUCUCAAGUCUCUAAUAUGAUGUUGGAUCAAGGAUUUCUUCCCACAAAAGCGCUGGGAACAAAUCAACAAGGAACUGUCUAUCCUAUUGAUGUGAAAAUAAAAAAUGAUAGACAAGGUUUGGGUUUUUCUUAGGGGCCUUGGAUUCUCCACUCACUGCUGAUCCAAUUACUUGGCUGACUGAUGACCCUGUAUGGGUGGACCGAUGGCCCCUCACAAAGGAGAAAUGAGAAGCUGCAGAACAAUUAGUACUGGAACAAUUAGGGCAUUUAGAAAUUUCCAGUAGUCCUUGGAAUACUCCUAUUUUUAUUAUCAAGAAAAAAUCUGGAAAAUAUAGGUUAUUACAGGAUCUAAGAGCUGUUAAUAAAACUAUGCUAAUAAUGGGAGCUCUUCAACCAGGCCUACCCUCUCCAACAGCCAUACCACACAAUUAUCAUCUUUUAGUUAUAGAUUUAAAAGAUUGUUUUUUCACUAUUCCUUUGUUUCCUGAAGAUAGAAAACAUUUUGCUUUUAGCUUGCCUGCCUUAAUUUUUAAGGAACCCAUGAGGAGAUUUCAAUGGAAAGUAUUGCCUCAGGGCAUGGCAAAUAGUCCUACAUUAUGCCAAAAAUAUGUGGCUCAGGCCUUGACUCCUGUGAGAAAAAGGUUUCCAUCGUUAUAUCGCAUACAUUAUAUGGAUGAUAUACUUUUAGCCACUGAUAAUAUUUCUUUAUUAGAGACUGCUUUUCAAUUUUUGCAACAGUCCUUACAAUCAUUUGGCUUGGUCAUUGCCUCAAGAAAACUUCAAAGACAAUCUCCAUUUUUAUAUUUGGGAAAAUAUAUUGAUAACACUACUAUUAGGCCUCAAAAACUGCAAAUUCGAGUUGAUAAUUUAAAAACAUUAAAUGCUUUUCAAAAAUUACUUGGAGAUAUUAAUUGGCUAAGGCCUGCCUUAAAACUUACUACUGCUCAAUUACAGCCUUUGUUUGAUAUUCUUAAAGGUGACUCAGAUCCUUCUUCUUCACGCUCUAUGACUCCAGAAGGAUUUCAAGCUUUACAAAUAGUCAAUAGAUCUAUCAGUUCUACACAAUUAACUAGAAUUCAUACUCACCUUCCUAUUUUCUUAAUAAUUUGUCCAACUCCUCAUGUGCCUACUGCCGUCUUAUGGCAAACUGUUGGAAUUAUUGAAUAGAUUCAUAUGAAAUCUACACCCUCUAAAGUUAUUAACCCUUAUUAUGAACUUAUUAGUAAUUUAAUAAUGCAAGGUAGAACUAGAUGCUUACAACCUAUAAGUAUAGAACCUUCUCAAAUUAUUAUCCCUGAUUCAGUUAGUCAACAAAAUUGGCUUUUUCAACAUAGUAAUGAAUGGGGUCUUGCUCUUGCAGGAUUUUCAGGUACCUUGGAAUGCCAUUACCCUGCUGAUAAAUUGAUCCAAUUCAGCAAACUUAACUCAUAUCUUUCCUUCUAUAAUUAGGCAACAGCCUGUCCCUCAUGUACCUUUGGUUUUUACGGACGGUUCUUCUUCAGGAGUGGCCACUGUAAUCAUUGACGACGGAACAAACCUCGUUAAAGAAACUUCCUUGACUUCAGCUCAACGUGUUGAACUCUUAUUCGUUCCCAUGAUGGUCCUGUUGCAGGUCUGUAUAUCCGUGCUCAUUCUAACUUGCCUGGUCCAUUGACUAAACUUAAUGCGACUGCAGAUGUUUUAACUCGAUCUAAACGUGAUCUUUAUCCUGUACAUUUUCCUCCCAAGAAUAGAGUUGAAGUUACUCCUCCUCCUCAAUCUCUUCCCUAAAGCAGGACAUGUCCCAAUUUACCGUACUCCUCCUUUCCGUUCGUCAUGCUGUCAAGAAUGGCUAAUAUACUGCAUUCAUUAUCUCCAUACUCUUGAUACUCAUGGUCCAUGUCCUGGACACCCUCAUAUUAUGGUAAGUUAUGAUCAAACUGCUUCACAAGCAGCACAGCAGUUGCACGCUUUACACCGUCAGUCAGCGGCUACAUUACACACACAAUUUUCCCUUACUCGUUAAGCCGCCCCACAAAUUGUUAAGCAAUGCCCACAAUGCUUACCUCACCUUCCUAUUCCACAUUAUGUUGUUAAUCCUCGUGGAUUAUUACCUAGACAUUUAUGGCAAAUGGAUGUUACUCAUAUCCCGUCUUUUGGGAAAUUACAGUUUGUUCAUGUCACUAUCGAUACUUAUUCUGGUUUCCUCUGUGCUACAGCACAGACCGGAGAAGCGACUAAACAUGUUAUCACUCAUUUAUUACACUGUUUUGCUUUCAUGAACCUUCCCAAAAUUAUUAAAACCGAUAAUGGGCCCGCUGCUUUUGCAACAUUUUGUAAUUCAUUACAAAAUUACCCAUAUUACAGGCAUUCCAUAUAACCCUCAAGGACAAGGUAUUAUAGAACGUGCAAAUAGAUCUUUAAAGCUAACUAUUGAAAAAAUAAAAAGGGGGGAAUUGUAUAGAACAACGCCACAUAACCUUAUAAAUGAUGCUCUGUUUAUUUUAAAUGUUCUCACUGUUGACAAAUUUGGCUGCUCUGCAGGGGGAAGGUUGGUGGCUGAGCCAAGAUUGGCCUCUCAAUCUCCGGAGGUCCUCUGGAAAGAUCCGUUAACCAGCACUUGGAGUGGUCCUGAUCCUGUGUUGAUUUGGGGACGUGGUCACGUGUGUAUCUUUCCCAGAUCAGCGCCUGGACCUUGCUGGCUUCCUGAGCGCUUAGUCAAGCAAAUAGAUGGCUCGCCACAGCUCACCUAGUUCAGAAGAUGAAGAAGCUCUGCAUCUCUCCCGAAAAUUUGACAGUGUUGAUUCAGAAAAAGAAGAAGAAGAGACCACUUGCCAGGACGACUCAAAGGAGUGAUGUUCCAACUUGGGGACAAAUUAAACAACUGGUUUCAUGAGCUCAAGAGUCAGUGAAACAACAGAAUAACCCUGUUACACCUGUAACUUUAUUUUUGGUUAUGUUGGCAACCAUUUCAUGUGUUCCCUCUGUUAAUGCAGCAACUUACUGGGCCUAUGUACCUGAUCCUCCACUAUUACAACCCAUAUCUUGGUCUGAGGCAGAGUUUCCUGUAUUUUACAAUGAUAAGUGUUUAUGGGCCUCUUAUUGGGAAUAUAAAACAAAUCAAUAUGUCUGUAAAUUAUACUAACUGGCUUAGUACCCAUCCUGUCUGUCUUAGCCCACUGAAUCUGGAAACUGGACGUGUAAAGGCUAUUAGUUAUGAGCAUACAGAUGUUUAUGAGGGAACGGAUCAAUCAAUUAGUUUGUCAGGCUCUCCAGGCAUCCUUCGUUUUACAGGAACCAACAUUACUCUUACAUGCCCGGCUACCAGCUGACGAGAGUAUCUUAAGGAUACCAUCAUUUGGUAUAAAAUGGGCAACCUAUUAAUAUUAGAGGUCAAAUCUCAUACGCCUCACCACUUAGGGAUUCCGCUAUUACUAUAGCCAAGGUUACAGGUGAAGAUUCAGGAAAUUAUUUCUGUAUGAAGCGUUUACUUGGAGGACAAGGGAUACUUAUAGCUGGACAUAAGGUUACUAUGCUUAACAGAAAAUCAAAAAAUCAAUUUCCUCCCUUUAUGACCGUUAACUUUCCUGGAUCCACUUUUGAACGUUGCAAUGCAUCUUGGAAUAAUAACCAAAUAUGCUGUACUAUAGAUUAUACCAAGGUGUCAAUUCUUAUCUCUUCUUUUCCCAUCAUAGAUAGGUUUAUCACAUUUCAAAAGAACUGGGAUAUAUGGAAACUAGCUCUAACUUAUUCCAAUACACCUGUUAUAACUUGUGUUGCUCCUCCAUAUACACGUUUGUGUGGUUCUAUUAACAUUGGUAAUUCUUCCAAAGGAGGAUAUAAUAUUAGCUGUGUUAAUUGUAUUUUUAGCAGUUGUAUGUUCCCUUCUGCAGGAACGCAAUCUGUGCUUAUACUAAAGCAACCCAUGUAUGUUAUGGUGCCUGUGCAUCUGAGAGAACCUUGGUAUGAAGAUACUGGAGUACAGGCAUGGGUGGAACUCUCUAAAGCCUUGCAGAGAGGAGACAAUUUCUUGGGUGGCUAAUAGUAAGUUUACUUGCGUCGGCUGCUCUGUCUGCUACCGUGGCUACUGCCGGUCUUGCUCUUUCACAGAGUAUUCAUCAUGCUCACUUUGCUAAUCAGUUAUCUCAACAUAGCAGUCUUGCUUUAUCUUUACAAAGUCACAUAUAUUUACAGAUUAAUAACAAGUUAGAUGAAUUUAAAAACGCAAUUUUGGGGAUUGGAGAUCAGAUGGCAGCAUUAAAAUUGAGGAUGCGUCUAGCUUGUCAUGCAAAGUAUACAUGGAUGUGUGUUACUCCUUAAAAGUACAGUGACUGUAUUUGGGAAUGGGAAAAAGUAAAAAUGCAUCUGCUGAGUGUUUGGUCAGAUAAUAAUAUUAGUCUUGAUCUUAAGAAAUUAAAUGCUGAAAUUCAGGAUAUACAAAAUACACAUCUUGAUGAUGUUUCGCCAGAAGAUAUAAUUCAAACUUUACUGGACCAUUUAAAGUGGUUAAAUCCUCAGUCUUGGAUUACCGGAAGGUUGUCAGGCUUUAUUACCCUGGCCAUAAUUUGCCUAUUAUUGAUAUUAAUCUUCUCAUGUCUGUUUCGUAUCCUCAUGCAACAGUAUACUACUCUCGGCACUAAACUUCAUGGAAUUAUUUUGCAGCAAAAGUUAAAAAAUAAAAAUGGGGGACCUGUGGGAAGCAGUCAGCCUUGAGAGCAGGUAAGGACAUGCCAGGCAUGCGGCCGCUGCUCGAAGGGACUGUCCCUACUUGUUCCCCUCCUUGUUCCAUUCCAUGGGAGAUAAAUCACCAGGGCCCAGAGAUCAGAAAGAAUGUAAAAUGAGACAAGCAAAGCUGUCUCCCCCCUGCACAUGCAGGUUAUUUUUGAUGCUUCUGGGUUUAUGGGUUUCCUCCCAGGGAAGUUAACCUUGAGCCGAGACAGUCUGUAGAUAAUGUAAUCCACCAUCUGUCAACCUUCCUUUUUCUAGUCUAGAUAAUCUGCAACUGUAGCGCAAUAAAAUUUGCCUUGCAACCA